AUGCUUUUAGCGCACUUAAACUGUGCCAAUGAUACACUUUUAGAAGUGGCACACAAAAAGCGUCCAAAAAUGCUACCGCAGUGUGCCAAAAGCACACUAGAAAUGUGUCAGUGGCACGGGGUGUGUAAAGGGUUAAAUAUAUUUUCUAGUAUUUCAUUUAGUCAACAACCAUUGGCAUUAUCAUCUCCAUCUCCUCCAUCAUCUCCAUUAUUAACCAUGUUACCACAAAAUUUUAAUUUGUUAUUAAACUUAAAAAAUAUUACAAACCUUAAUUUGAGUUCAACUGAUAUUAAAAAUCAAUGUUUGGACAUUCUAAUAGAUAAACUACAAUUACUUGAUACAUUGGAUUUAUCAUUAUGUCGAUCAUUAACACAAUUUGGAAUAUUGGAAAAAACUCGUUAUCGUUUAAAAUCGUUAAAUUUAUACAAUUGUUGUUUACAUUUAUCAAAACCAAACAUCUAUGAAGUAAUUAUGAAACUUGAACAAUUAGAAUAUUUAGAUAUUAGUGAUGAUACAAUGCAUCAAGGUACAUUUAAUAAUUUAUAUUCAACAGAAAAUUUAAAUUUAAAUCAGGAUGAUUAUGAUGCAAAUAAUAAAAAUACUGGAAAUCAACCUCAUCAGUUUGAUAUUAAUUCAUUAUUAAAAAAUUUUUCAUGUCUUCCCGUAAUAAAACAUAUUGAUUUAAGUGGACGAAAACAUAUUCAUAAAUCUUAUUUGCGAGAAUUUUUAUUAUUACAUCCACAUAUACAAUUUCUUGGUCUAUUUUUAACAAAUAUUAAACAACCAUCAUUUAUGAUUGAUAAAGAUGAUCCAUGUUAUUCAAAAAAUCGACGUUAUACAUAUGAUAUUCAUGAUAUAUUAACAAAUCAAACAUCAACAACUACAACAUUAGCAACAAAAUAUGAGCCAUUUGUAUUUGAAGCAAUGAAACGUUAUCGUGAUCGACCAGGAUUUCUUCAAAAAAUUCUCUAUUGUCUAUUUUUUAUAACAAAAAAUUUGAAAACAACACGACAAGAUCUUAUUGAAUUAAUAUUAAAAUCAAUGGCUACACAUCCAACAUUACAAUCUGUUCAAAUGGCAUCAACAGCAUGUAUCUAUAAUCUUACACGAUCACCAAUAACAGAACAAAUUCAUGUCAAAUGGUUAAGUCAAAUUGUAGAUGCAAUAAUGAAUCUGCAAAAAAACUGUUUAUUAACAUUAUGUAGUGAUCGUAUAUUACAUGAUCCGGCAUAUGAUCGUUAUCUCUGUGCAACAUUGGUAAUGGAUAAUCUACAAAGUUAUAACGAUAUAACAAUAAUACAGCCUGGUGUAGCUAUUCUGUCAUUGUUAGCUACAAAAUUAACUACUGCUCAAGGUGUGAAAUUAGCUGCUUCUUCGACGAAUAUGCGUCGACUGUUGUAUUUAGUUGAACGUCAAAUGGAGCGAUUACAAACAGAAAUGAUGCAACAACAACAGCAACUGCAAACAGCAGAUGAUCCGAUGGGAAUGAUAGUAAAUGAUGAUCAAUUAGCUCAUGGAAUUCCAACUUACCAUCAAUCAUCAUUACAACAACAAUAUAUUGGUGAUGAUACAUUUCGUUUUUGUUUAAGUGUAUUGUGGAAUUUAACAGAUGAGAGUCCAAUUGUUUGUGAAAAAUUUAUCACAUGUAACGGUAUACAAGUAUAUCAACGUAUACUAGAAAUAUUUGCUACAGAUACAAUUACUAUAACAAAAAUUGUUGGACUAUUUAGUAAUAUAGCUGAAGUUGAACACCUAAGAAUUUAUUUACGAACACCAUUGAUCAUAGAACAAAUUGAAUAUUUUUUAUUGAAUAGUGCCAUUGAUAUUGCCUAUUUUUCAGCUGGUAUUCUCUCCCAUUUAUUAUUAGAUGAACAUGAUAAUAGAGAUGAUAGUGUUGAUAAUGAUCAUUAUAAACUAAUAAGUGACGAAAUGAGACGAAUUAUUACAUUAUGGCGAAAUCCAGAUACCAGUAUGGUUACUUAUAGAUCAUUCAAACCAUUUUUACCAUUGCUCAAAUGUCAGAUAUCUGCUGUACAAUUAUGGGCUGUAUGGGCGAUAUAUCAUGUUUGUAGCACCGAUGGUGCUCGCUAUCGUACAAUUAUUCCUGAAGAAAAAGUUAUUGAAACUAUGUUCGCAUUGUUGGAGAGUCAUAGCAAUAAAGAUGAUCUAUUUUUUGUUUUCUUGAUAAUUCAAAUUUCAUUUUUAAUAUUUAUUCACAUUAAAAACAACAACAACAAAUUAAUCAUGGCUUAUCGUGGUCCACAAACGAAAGUUCAAAAAGUGAUGGUUCAACCAAUUAAUUUAAUAUUUCGUUAUUUACAAAAUCGUUCACGUAUUCAAGUUUGGUUAUAUGAACAAACACAAUCACGUAUCGAAGGUUAUAUUAUUGGAUUUGAUGAAUAUAUGAAUUUAGUUUUGGAUGAUGCUGAAGAAUUAUCAAUGAAAAAAGGUACAAGAAAGAAAAUUGGUCGAAUAUUAUUAAAAGGUGAUAAUAUUAGUCUUAUACAACAAUUACAGCAACCAGCCGGUAGUACGACCACAACAACAACGACGACGACAGCUCAAUCAAAUAAUACUACAUCAACAACGGCCUAA